GUCAGUGUGAACAUAGCCAUCCAUCUCAUUUAUCGGCACAUGUGAAAGCGGAUGAAUAAGAAGCUGUGGUAGCGAGGGUGUAUCUACAUCAUUGUCGACAUCAUCCAGUAUGUAAUCGUUAAAUCGAAGAUAAUUGUGUGCAACAACGUCAUGCUGUUGAUGGGGUAUUGUAGGGGAAGCAGAGAGUUCAUAAGUGCGACCAAAAGCUUGAAAUCUGUCCAUCAUAUAGAACACGGUUACGUCUGGUGUUUCUUGCUGCUGUUGUUCGUCACUGUCUCCAGGAUGGUGGCUAAGGACUCUUUCAUCAUUCAAAUUCUCAUAUGGAUCUUGUUCUUGGUUCGCUUCGAUUCUUCUUCUUUCUGCAUCACGUGUUCUUAGUAUUUGUUCUCUCCUACGAGCCUAUUUGAAAGCAAGGGGUGAAAACAAAAAGAAGUCGUUUUAGAGAACUUAUAGAAACCAUCCAGCUUCAAGGUUAUAACCAAGCCAUACACGUCUAGCAUUCACCAUGUCAAUUUGAUACUAUUCAAGGGUGGUGCGUUGUAGUAGUAGAGUAAAGGAUAAUCACUUCAAGUUGCAGAAAUGAGCUGUAAGUAUAUAUAUAUAAACUUAUAACAAUGGAGCAUCACAUUUGGAUAUGCUGUGCAAACAAUCAGUUAGAGAGAGAUGACUCGAGCUUUUCUUUGUGGUUUUGAAAUGAUGAUUAAAAAAACAAUAA